AUGUCGCGUCCAUUUCCAUAUACAUAUGUCUCGUGCCCCUGUGCCGAUACCCCAGUCCCUGACCCAGCCAGGAAGCGGAGGUCUAGGGAGUCACCGCAAAAGCAGACCCCAGAACGAACAGAAGCAGCUAAGGAGGUCGAUCUACCAAAACCGCAACAGACAGACGAGAAUGUACAAACCGAUGAUGAAGAUCAAACAUUCGACCCAAGAUCUCCUCGAUCCAAUUUUUCGUUGUAUCCACCGGAACAGCUUCUAUACUGCGAAGAUUGUCAUCAGAUUAAGUGCUCUCGCUGCAUAACGGAGGAAAUCGUGAGCUGGUUUUGUCCGAAUUGUUUAUUCGAGACACCAAGUAGUAUGGUGAAAACUGAUGGCAAUCGGUGCGGUCGUAAUUGUUUCAAUUGUCCCUCUUGUACAGCUCCAUUGGCUGUGAGUACCAUUGAAAAUGUGACUGGCAAUGGCACUCAACAAGGGCCAUGGGUGUUGUCUUGCGGAUACUGCAUGUGGACGACGCUCGACAUUGGUAUCAAGUUCGACAAACCGACCAACAUUCGCAACCAACUGCAAAAGAUGACCGACGCUACCGCACAGCCUGCUUUUGACACUAGAUCAAGACAAGGCUCUCGUGCUUUCGGCGAUCUGAAAUCCCCCUUAUCUACAUUGACCACUGUUGCUGACGGCCAGGCUGCUACUCGUGACGGCGGCGAAGAUCAAUCAGCAUCGAACGAAGAUACAUCAGAGAAUACCCUUUCCAACACCGAUUCUCGAUUCGCGGCAUUGAAAUCGUUCUACCGCACCCAAAUAUCAGAGACUUCGAACUCACCCAACGAUCCUAUGGGCUCGGACUUUGGAUUCUCAUCUCCUGGCGCUCUGAACCGGCUUAUGUCUCUGUACGCUUCCUCAUCACGUCUGAGCGGACUAUACGGUGGAAACAAGAAGUCCAAAUCUAAGCCACCAGUCAUGCGAGAAGCCUUAAAUGCCAGUGAAGGCCUACGUAUCGCCCCUGAAGAUGAAGAAAACGCCGUUAUUGAACGGCUCGCCUCUGAAGGCGGCUGGGAUAGUGUCGCCUCAAUCGAACAGCGUUCCCAGCAGUCUCCAGAUGUGCGUUUUGUUGACGAACUUCUACCAUUACCGGUUCUCCUCCGUACAAAGCGUGCCAAACGUUGCAGAUCCUGCAAGCAUAUCCUCGUCAAACCAGAGACCAAGCCGCAAUCAACGCGUUUCCGUAUCCGUCUGAUUGCACUGAGCUACAUUCCCCUCCCAACUCUUCGCCCUCUUACCCUCCCCUCAUCUUCAUCGUCCGCAGCUCCUACUCCAGCACCGGAUCUCAAUGCCCUGUCUCCACUUCGACCUGUGCAUGUGCUUCUCACGCUGAAGAAUCACAUGUUUGACCCCGUUCGCAUCACCCUCGCUACUCCCUCUGUAACACCCGGUCGUGUCGCGAGCAAGGUUACAGUUCUAUGUCCGCAGUUUGACAUUGGUGCAAACAGUGAUGUGUGGGAUGAGGCGUUGCAGGGUGCUUCGGUUCCUAUCACAGGCGACCCACGCUUGACGGGUCUGCGUGGACAUGAGAAGACACCAGAAGCCGGUAAAGUAUGGGACAAAGGUCGUAAUUGGACUACAGUUGUGCUCGAGGUUGUUCCAGGUACCCUGCCAGGCUCUGAGGCUGACACUUCUAAUAUCGGCAAUGAUGGUGGAGAUGACAACAAGGUGGUGUCUGGUUCAACACAAGAUGAAGAUGUGCUUGAGAUCCCUGUAUUCGUGCACAUGGAGUGGGACGCAGAGGCACAGCUUGAGCAACAGAAUGUUGGGAAGGCUUCUAAGCCCGAUGACUUGGUUGCUAGGGAACUGGCUUACUGGAUGGUACUGGGGGUUGGGAGGAUUCAAGCAUCACUGUAG